AUGACCCUGCGAUGGCAACACCAUGCCUCUACAAAGGUGGUCAACGAGCCCAUUUUGGCCUUCAAACCUGGGAGCCCUGAGCGAGCCGCCCUCCAGCAGGCUCUAAAUGACGUGAGGGGCAAGACCGAAGAGAUCCCGUGUGUCGUUGGGGGGGAGAAAGUGUGGACAGCCGACGUGAGGUAUCAAGUGUCGCCCUUUAAACAUUUACACAAAGUGGCCAAAUACUGCUACGCUGAUAAGGACUUGUUGAACAAGGCCAUUAUCUCUGCAUUGGGUGCCCGGAAGGAAUGGGAUCUCCGGCCCAUCCAGGACCGCGCGGAGGUCUUCUUCAAAGCUGCCGACAUCCUGAGCGGGCCCAGAAGGGCAGAGAUCUUAGCCAAGACCAUGGUCGGCCAGGCUAAAACGGUCAUCCAAGCAGAAAUCGAUGCGGCCGCCGAGCUGGCGGACUUUUUCCGCUUCAACGCCAAAUACGCCCUGGAGUUGGAGAGGGAGCAGCCCAUCAGCGCCCCACCCAGCACCAACAGCCUGGUGUAUCGGGGGCUGGAGGGCUUUGUGGCUGCGAUCUCCCCCUUCAACUUCACCGCCAUCGGAGGAAACUUAGCAGGAGCCCCAGCGCUGAUGGGCAACGUGGUCCUUUGGAAGCCCAGUGACUCAGCCAUGCUGUCCAGUUACGCCGUCUACCGGAUCCUCCUGGAAGCCGGGCUGCCUCCCAACGUCAUCCAGUUCGUCCCAGCAGAGGGCACCACAUUCGGGGACACCGUGACUGGCUCGGAGCACCUGGCUGGCAUCAACUUCACCGGCAGCGUCCCGACUUUUAAGCGUCUUUGGAAGCAGGUCUCUGAAAACCUCGACCACUAUCGUACCUUCCCUCGGCUGGCUGGGGAAUGUGGAGGGAAGAAUUUCCACUUUGUCCACGCCUCGGCUGACGUGCCCAGCGCGUUCGGACGCAUCAAGAAAUGGCUCAAGCACGCUGAAUCCUCACCCAACCUGAACAUCCUAGCCGGAGGCGGCUGCGACGAUGCGGUGGGCUAUUUUAUCCAGCCAUGCAUUGUGGAGACAACGGACCCCAAGGACCCCAUCAUGCAGGAGGAAAUCUUUGGGCCGGUUCUGUCCGUCUAUGUCUAUCCAGAGAAACAGUACAAAGAUAUCCUCCACCUGAUUGACAGCACUUCUCCGUACGGCCUCACAGGGGCGGUGUUUGCCCAGGAUAAGGCUGUCAUUGCCGAAGCCACUAAACUCCUAAGGAACGCAGCCGGGAAUUUUUACAUCAAUGACAAGUCCACUGGUGCGGUGGUGGCCCAGCAGCCAUUUGGGGGUUCUCGUGCCUCAGGAACCAACGACAAGCCGGGCAGCGCUCAUUACAUCCUGCGGUGGACCUCUCCCCAGGCGAUCAAGGAGACCCACGAGCCGCUGGGGGACUGGAAGUACCCCUACAUGCAGUGACGUGGCUCAUGGGCCUUGCAGACGUGGACUGCGACCGUCGGGGCGACAGGCUGUGUUUCCUUUCAGCGGCCGCCCUUGCCGAUCUCUCCGAAGGCACAAAUGACAAGGAGUGAAUUGAUUUCCUUCUCUGCCACCUGGACAUCUUUG